UAUGGCAACACCGUGUUCUGCAGUAAUUUAUUGUGUAUUUCUGAAUUUUCUGAGCGCCAUUGCUUUUUACCGAUGAAAUGAUGAAAUGAAUCUAAUCUAUUUUCAUCCGCAAUUGUGUGUAAUGUUUUAGCAAAAUACUAGAGUGAUCGUGUACUAAAACUAUCGAACUCGCUAAAGUUUUGUGGUGGGCUUUGACAUGGCCGGUAAGUGCUGACUUUAAGCGCCCGCUAGACAAGGGCGAAAACGGAUCGGAAUACCGCAAACUGAAAUAUCGAAGAUGUUUUAUCGGUCGAACUCCGACGAUGACUGGAUCGUUUGUUGAUCGCAUGCGAAGGUCAGAGCGCCUACAGUCAACAGAUUUUUGCAAUUAAUGCUCUCGCCGAGCCAUUUUGAAGCCGGCAAUAUUGUAACGGUAGAGAAAUACCAGGAAACCCUUUCCAAAAUGAGGUUACUUACAGGCAAUGGUGGCGAGACGACGUGGUGUUUCAGCCAGGUGAAGGGCACCCUCGAAGACGACGUCACCGAGGCCGACCUCAUCUCGUGCGUGGAGUUCAACCACGACGGCGAGCUGCUCGCCACCGGCGACAAGGGCGGCCGCGUCGUCAUCUUCCAGAGAGACCCAGCGUCCAAGCAAUGCGUGCCCAAGAAGGGGGAGUACAACGUGUACUCCACGUUCCAGUCCCACGAGCCAGAGUUCGACUACCUCAAGUCACUCGAGAUUGAGGAGAAGAUCAAUAAAAUACGCUGGCUGAGACGCAAGAACCCAGCACACUUCCUCCUGUCUACGAACGAUAAGACCAUCAAGUUAUGGAAGGUGUCAGAACGGGACAAGCGCGUGACGGGUUACAACACGCGCGACGAGGGCGGGCGCGCGCGCGAGCCGCAGCGCCUCACCCAGCUGCGCGUGCCCACCGUACGCCCCGCGGACCUCGUCGUCGAGGCGUCGCCGAGACGCAUAUUCGCCAACGCGCACACGUACCACAUAAACUCCAUAUCGUUGAACUCGGACCAGGAGACGUACCUGUCCGCGGACGAUCUGCGCGUCAACCUGUGGCACCUCGAGAUCACCGACCAGAGCUUCAACAUAGUUGACAUUAAGCCGGCUAACAUGGAGGAGCUUACUGAGGUGAUCACGGCGGCGGAGUUCCACCCGACUGAAUGUAAUCUCUUUGUAUAUUCUAGUAGUAAGGGUACUAUCCGUUUAUGCGACAUGCGGGCGGCGGCGCUGUGCGACCGGCACGCUAAACUGUUCGAGGAGCCGGAGGACCCCCACGCGCGAUCCUUCUUCAGCGAGAUCAUCUCCUCCAUCAGCGACGUGAAGCUCAGCAACAGCGGCAGGUAUAUGAUGUCGCGGGACUACUUAGGUUUAAAAGUUUGGGAUCUCAGAAUGGAGACGAAACCCGUAGAAACAUAUCCAGUGCACGAGUACCUGCGCUCGAAGCUGUGCUCGCUGUACGAGAACGACUGCAUAUUCGACAAGUUCGAGUGCUGCUGGAGCGGUGACGACCAGCGGCUCAUGACCGGAUCCUACAACGGCUUCUUCAGGAUAUUCGAGCGCGGCGGUGCGGGCGCGCGACGCGGCGAGCUCACUCUGGAGGCGUCGCGCGACGCCGCCGCCCGCCCGCGACAACCGCUGCGGCCGCGACGUGUCGCCGCGACAGCUAAGAGGAAGAAGGACGAGAUAAGCGUGGACUGCCUGGACUUCAACAAGAAGAUCCUGCACACCGCGUGGCACCCCACCGAGAGCGUCAUCGCCGUCGCCGCCACCAACAACCUGUUCCUCUUCCAGGACAAGUUCUAGCGCCGCCCGACGCCAGCCCGGGACCAGCAGUUCGAGGUGUGUGCGCCGACGUCGCUGAUGAGAUUAGUUAGGUUUACACAACUAUUGUACUCCCGGCAUGUCGCAGUUGCCAUAGUAACCAGCUUCUAAUACUUCAACAUCAGCCCUCGCUUCAAUUGGCAGUGCCGUUCCGAAAAGCGAUUUAAAAAGUUGAAAACUUUGACACUUCAAUUGUUUAAAAAGUUGAAAUGUCAAUUUUGACAUCUGAUCUUUUUUAAUUGUGUCGAUAAUCCGAGAUGGGUUAAUACUUAUACUGAAAAUGUGAACCUAUUGCAUAAAACUACAGCAGAACUCAUACUAUGGCAAGAUAAUUCGAAACUUCAAAUACUAAAAUAGUAAACAAACUGAAAACCGGUAAUUUUGAAUGUAGACUAUGGACUGAAUUUAAAUAAUUAAAAACACAUGGUAACAUCUCGUUUCGAAUAAUCGAAUUAUUCAAAAUAUAAAACAUGAAUCACAAAUUAUAAUUCAUAUAAUAUUGUAAGACAUGCCGGUGUAGAGAAUAUAGAUGGAGCCUCUGUACAUAAGUACUCUUAACACGUAGACUGUGUAGGUACUAGACGUGACAAAGUCGAGCGACACGACAAAAAAAAAGAGCGACGC